AUGUGGGCACGGUGGGCGCCGCCCAGCGAGGUCUCCCCCGGUUUCCUUUUCGCAAUGGAGGGCACAUGGCCCUGGACCGGCGGCGCCGCCCAGCCGCCCGCGCCCGCAAGCGUCCCUCUUCCGUUGAUGCUGCUCCUCACGCCGUCCAGGGCGGACCAACAGCGGCUCCCGACCGGGCCCCAGAUCCCGAGCUGGGCGGCGGACUCGGAGGGCUACGAGGUCCAGGCGCCUCCCGAACUGGCCGCUGCCGAAGUGGACGAGGACGAGGAUGACGAGGAGGCCGGCUCGAGGAUGUCCGCCGCGCGCCGUCGCACCAUCCGCCGCCGGAUGUUGCGCAGGGGUGCGCUCGCCCGGGCCCGCCGCGACAGCCAGCUCACCGGGCCUUCCGCGACCACGUCCGCGGAGGCGGACCUGGCGGCCGGAGCGGCGUUUGUUAUCUCGCUGUAG